GUAAGUACAACUUCAGGAAUAUUAUGAUUCUUACCCUCAUACUUACUCUCCCACUCCCAACCCUCCUCUUCCUCCCUCUCCCAUUCCCAGUCCCAUUCUCAGUUAAGAAAAAAAGCCAAUAAACUAUUCCUUGAAUAUGGCACAGGGGGCUGGCACUGUGGUGUAGCAGGUAAAACCACCACCUGCAGUUCCAGCAUCCCCUAUGGGUGCCAGUUCGAGUCCCAGCUGUUCCACUUCUGAUCCAGCUCUCUGCUAUGGCCUGGGAAAGCAGCAGAAGAUGGUUUGGGUCCUUGGGUCCUUGCUUCCACGUGGGAGACCCAGAGGAAGCUCCUGGCUUAGGACUGGCACAGCUCUAGCCAUUGUGGCCAAUUGGGAAGUGAACCAGCAGAUGGAAGACCUCGCUCUCUCUCUCUCUCUCCAGACUCUCCCUCUCCUUCUCUCUCUCUGUAACUCUGACUUUUAAGUAAAUAAAUAAGUCUUUUAAAAAAAGUGACACAGUAUUAGAACCAAAUUCUCAAUAUAAAAAUCACAAGCAAUUUGACCUUUGCCCCUAAUAUUGCUGUUCAUUAUCAUAAACUAUAUGGAUGGAAAGUAGCAUUUCAUUCACCUUUUAAAUUAAAUUCUUUUUCUCACCAGAGGCACUAAAUACUGUUUCCUAUGUCCAUGGAUCACUUGUAUACCUACAAACACAUACAUAUCCCAAUUUAAAAUUAAGUUCAGUGUUUUACUGUUUUGCACUGGCCCCAGAAGCCAGUGGAGUGGCAGCACCAGGUCGAGGCUGCCCCCUGCCUGUCACCUCCCUGCAACCAUGUGCCUGAGCCCAGGGGAUAGGGGCACAUGUGGCCCAUGGGUCGAGCCUCACCAGGGCCCAAGCCACCUGGAGACACAGCCCACUAUCUCCUGAGCCCAGGGGAAAGCUGUGGGGCUGCCCUGCUGGGAGGGGGCGGCUGUGCUCCCUGGGGGGCGCCCUCCUUCCCACUUCCUGGCCCUCCUGCUGCCUAGUUCUGCUGAGUCCAGGCCGCAGGAGAAAGUGGUGCAAGAAGCACUGCCCGGCGUUGGGGCGUCCUCCAUGGCCCGGAGGAUGGAGUCUUGGCCAACCAGGAGUGAGAGCAAGGGCCGCCUCGGAGGGGGAGGGGCUUCUGGGCGGAGUCUGGAGGAAGAGGAAGGAAUGUCCGGGAGCGGAAGGGGCGGGGCUUAGCCUGGUGCACAUGCGCGGCAGUUGUUGGGCGACAGUUACUGUGAGCCGAGAGGUUGAAAACCGCGAAGCUCCUCCGUUGCAUGGUGGCUAGACUGCCACAUUUCUUCCUAUUUUGCUGCAGAGGUGGCUGAAAGCCCCUGACAGCCUUGCUUAUGGAGAAAUUUUUCUCCUGGUCUGUUAGCAAGCUUGCGAGAAAGCGCGCUCGGACGGUUACGGAGUUCGAGAAAAAGCGCUUGAAGAUGCGGCCGCAUUUUGGAUACCGCCUGCUCUACUGGGAGCUCGGUGCCAUUCACAGAGCUGCCAGCGCGGGCAAUGUGGCCGCAGUGGAGAAAAUGCUGAUUUGCAGAAGAAGCGGUGUAUGACGUGGACCACAAGAGCAGGACCGCUCUGCACUGGGCCUGUGCAAAAGGCCACCAAGACGUGGUAGCUUUCCUCAUAAGCCAAAGAUGUCUACUUGAUCCGCAAGAUAAAAGGGCUGCAACACCGCUGAUAAAGGCUGUACAGUGUCCCGCUGAGAACUGUGCUACACUCUUACUGGAUCAUGGGGCUGAUCCAAAUAUUGAGGAUGAAAUUGGCAACACUGCUCUCCACUAUGUGGCCUACGGAGAAAUAUAAGAAUGGCCGAAAAGCUGCUUUCCAGCAAUGCAGAUAUCGAAAAGAAAAAUAAGACUGGCCUCACACCACUGUUAGUGGCUAUUCAACAAAACCAAGAAACUAUGGUCAAAUUUUUAAUAUUACAGAAUGCAGAUGUUUUUGCAGUUGAUAAUCUAAACAGAACAUCCCUCAUGUUUGCGGGACGGUAUAGUACGGAAAACAUAGUACACAUGCUUCUUGAACUAGGGGUUGAUGUGCUUUCUGAAGACAUUGCUGGACAUUCUGCUAGGGAUUAUGCUCUUCAAAAACGUAAUAUGCAAAAUUACCAACUCAUUUCGUUGUUUCGAGAAAAUGCUGCACUUGAGAAGAUUGUAAAUACAAAUCCAGAUGAUGAGCAUUCUAAAGAAUAUAGAAAAAGGCUUUUGGAAAUACCUGAUGUUAAUCAUGAACUGCUUAUAUCAUAUGAGAAAGGCCUCAAUUCAUUUGCCAAGGUAAAAUGCUCUAUUAUGGAAUUAAUUUCUUGCUCCGAGUUUUUGUUGACUCUAUGUCUACUCCCACUUUAA